GAAAGAGAGGAAAUUUCUGUUAUCUCCUUAAACAAUGUUUUGAAAGGGAAUUUUUUUUCUUUUUAGUUUUGUCUCGUCCUAUCUCUUAAACAUCAGACUAAAGGGGCUCUGCUUUGGAAAGCGAUCCCAUUGGAUUCAACAGAACGCCCUUUUCCCUCCAAGAAGCAGCACAAGAUAUUGGCUUGGUUCAAAUGCAUCAAGACAUAUUGUAGUACAUUUAGCAAAGAAACUGUGAUCAUUUUUAAAACUUUUCCUAAGACUGUGAAUAAGAUUGCUAGUUAGGGUUAGGAUCCAACCAACACUAUACUUGGAAGUCACUUUUGCUUCAGUGCGACUUGAAAGUGCUUUAACAUGGGCUGGACUGUUGUUUUUAUACAAAUAUUCAGUCUCAAAAAGUGUUGGUUUCUUAGGAACUGAUGUAAGAUUAGAGUGAAUGGAGGCAUACUAUGUAUGGACUUCAAACACACGUCUAAGACCUUUCUGGUGCAUGCCUAAAAAUGGUGGAAUAUUACAUUUGCAAAAAUAUAUGUUUUUAUAGGGUCGCCAUAAAUCGGGAACGACUUGAAGGCACACAACAACAAUCUAGACACGCUCAACAGAAAAAUCCAGAACUGGCGGCUUCUACCAGCUAGAGCCGCCGCUUUUGACGGUGCUUCCCCUCCUCCUCCUCCUCCUCCGCCGGCGAUGUCGCGGGAAGAGUCCAGCUCGAAGGCCGUGACUGUUCGCGAUGUGCAGCUCCUGAUGAAGAAGAAAGAGGAGAUCGAGGCCCAGAUCCAAGCCUACUAUGAAGUCCUGGAGGAUCAAAAAGGGGUUGGGAUGAAUGAACCUCUUGUGGAUGUUGAAGGCUACCCGCGUGCGGAUGUUGAUCUUUACCAAGUCCGGACGGCACGACAUAACAUCAUCUGCUUGCAAAACGAUCACAAGGCUUUGAUGCGAGAGGUAGAAGAGGCUCUCCACCAGCUUCAUGCCCAGGAUAAGGAGAAGCAUGCAAAAGAUGAGGCGGAAGCUCGAGCCGAAGCUAUGAGCCAGACCUUGCCUCAGCCUUUUGCCAAGGUGAACGCCGUCACCCCAGGAUCCCCAGCCAGCCUUUCGGGAUUGCAAGUUGAUGAUGAGAUUGUGGAGUUUGGCUCUGUGAAUACUCACAACUUUCAGUCGCUGCAGAACAUUGCCACAGUGGUACAGCACAGUGAAGGGAAACCAUUAAGUGUGACCGUGAUCCGUGGAGGAGAGAGACUGCACCUGGGUCUCACACCAAAACGCUGGAAUGGCAGAGGGCUUCUUGGUUGUAAUAUUCUUCCUCUGCAAAGAUGAGUUCCAGUGACAAAGCUCCCAACAACUUGGUGCCAUUUCAGUUUUGAGUCGACCAUGUAACUUGAAUAAACUGGAGUGCGGAACAUGAA